AUGGAUGCAGAAAUAUGCGAAUUGGGUUCUGAAGGUGGCGAAGUUGUAGACAGAGCUCACAUGGAGGUUGACGAUGAUGGAAUGCCUGCAAGAACCGGGACAAUGUGGACAGCAAGUGCACAUAUAAUAACAGCAGUAAUAGGUUCAGGAAUUUUAUCACUUGGUUGGGGCAUUGCACAGAUUGGAUGGAUAGCUGGUGUUUCAACUCUUCUUAUCUUCUCCGUAGUCACUUUCUACACUUCAACUCUCUUGGCUGAUUGUUAUAGAUCUCCACAUCCCACCAAUGGCACUAGAAAUCACUCUUACAUCCAUGCUGUCAAAGCUUAUUUAGGGAAAGGGAAAAGAACUAGUUUGGGUGGAAUUGAAGUGGGUGUAGAUAUUGACAGCGUUGCAGAUAAAACAUGGAGAAUGUUCAGAGCCCUUGGUGAUAUGGCUUUUUCCUUUACUUAUUCCUCAGUUCUCAUUGAAGUACAGGACACAUUGAAGUCAAAACCAGCAGAAAACAAAGUGAUGAAAAGGGCAAGCAUGAUAGGAUUAUCUACAGCAACAACAAUAUAUAUUAUAUGUGGUUGUGUUGGUUAUGGUGCAUUUGGGAAUCUUGCUCCUGGCAAUCUCUUAACUGGGUUUGGGUUUUAUGAGCCUUUCUGGUUAAUUGAUUUGGCCAAUGUCUUCAUUGUGAUCCAUCUAGUUGGAGCCUACCAGGUAUUGGCACAACCCAUAUAUUCUGCUGUAGAAUCCUGGGCAAAGAAGAAAUGGGUAAAGUCCAAAUUUGUAAGAGAGGAAUACCCAAUUGGAAUCUGCAUUAACAACAUGGAACUGAAAGUGAAUAUGUUGAGAUUGACAUGGAGAACAGGAUUUGUGGUGAUUGCAACAAUUUUAGCCAUGGCAAUGCCUUUCUUCAAUGACAUUCUUUCAAUGCUUGGAGCAAUUGGGUAUUGGCCACUGACAGUUUAUUUUCCAGUUCAAAUGCACAUUGCUCAAAAUCAAAUCAAAAGUUUCUCAAUCAAGUGGAUUGGCUUGCAAAUUUUAGGCUUCAUUUGCCUUCUUGUUUCCUUAGCUGCAGCAAUUGGCUCCAUCCAAGGCAUAGGCUCCUCUUUGCAUCAGGCUAAACCUUUUAGUUAUAAGGAAUAA